UAGGACCCUGCAGAGAUCUCAGGCGAAGCUCACCUGUCCCCAAAAGCACUUUUACUUUUCUACCUGAAGUCGCGUGCAGAAUCCCGACAUAUAUAUCAGCCUUUAAAGAUAACGAUAUGUUGUCUGCAUUGCUCUGCAGUUUGCUGCUCCUGCACGGCUCGCUCGGGGAGAUUGUGUUCCGCUGCCCGAGCUGCACCGCGGAGCGUCAGGCGGCGUGUCCCAAGCUCACCACCUCAUCUUGCGCAGAGAUAGUCAGGGAACCGGGUUGCGGUUGCUGUCCGGUUUGCGCCCGGCAGAAGGGCGAGCUGUGCGGCGUCUACACGCCGAGAUGCGGGAGCGGUUUGAGGUGUUACCCUAGCGCAAAUUUCGAGUUACCACUGGAACAGCUGAUACAGGGUCUCGGACGAUGCGACAGCAAAGUGGACCUGGAGCCCACCAUGCCCAUCCCGGAUCCAGGACACAGUGGAGAGGUAAAUGGCACACGGUCUCCUCCUCAGAAGAAGCCAGGCAAAGAAAACAACUACCAGCACAUUAAGGAAAUAGCUGUGAAGCAGCAUCUAAACAAGCAGAGGACCAAGAUGUUCAGCCCCCAGGAAGACCACAAAACGCCUCACCCCAGACAGAGCCAGUGUCAGCAGGAACUGGAUCGUGUCUUAGAGGAGAUCUCCAGAAUGAGUUUCCAUGACAACAAGGGACCAUUGGAGAAUCUUUAUGACCUGAAGUUUCCCAACUGUGACAAGACAGGACAGUACAACCUGAAGCAGUGCCACAUGUCCACCCAUGGACAAAGGGGCGAGUGUUGGUGUGUCAACCCUUACACUGGUAAACAGAUACCCUCAUCCCCCAAAGUGAGGGGGGACCCCAACUGCAGCCAAUACUACGGUGGUCCAGAGCUGGAGCCACCCACCACCCAGCAGAAAUAGACGCACUCUCGCUCCAGAGGAGAUGCCCUGGUCGCAAACGAAGAGAGCGAGUGGAAGAGCAGUGUGCAUGUGUGUAAUUCUGUAUGUGUGUGUUUUCCAAAUAGUAUCAUCUGUAUUGUCAAUAGCAGUGUGGAACAAGUCACAUGCCAGCAAAGACAAAUCAAGGACACAUAGUUAAAGCUCACAUCUCUCAAAUCCAGAUAACUUUGCGCUAAAUUUAACUCUGAGUGAUUUUUUUUCUGCCUAUUUUUAGGCUUGUCCUGUGUCUUUUAAUCUUGUGACUGAAUUUGGUAGUAGUGACAUUUCAUGGUGUCUCUUUAACAGCAAACGCAGCUGUUUAGUGUAAAGUCACAUCCAUUGUCCAUUUAGUCUCCCUUUUGUUUUUGGAGACCCAAUAAAAAUUGUACACUGUCUCUUGUUGCCAGAAACAAAACAACACCAACUGCGGAAACACAAAUGGCAGAAUGUUUUCAGGUGCAAUGGCAGAGAGAGAGAGAGAGAGAGUGGAGCUGGUUUCGCAUUGCAAGAAAUAUAAAAGUAUCUGUUCGGGGAGAGACUUUAUCCAAAAGAAAAGGAAAAGAAAAAAAUCACAAAUUAAAUCUCUUUAAUAUCUCAGUUAUUUCUCCUAGAUUAAAUGGAGAACAAAGGGAGAAAUUAGCUGAAAUAUCCUGAUUCUUAAAUUUCUUGUCUGAGAUAAAACCCAAUUAUUGUGUCUUAGACUGUGCUCAGAUUUGCCAAGAUACCAAAGUCUGAAAAUAUUCAUCACAUUUUUUCAAAACCAAAUGGUCUGAGCCAUGCUAUCAUAUUAAGUUCUUUAAGUUCACCCAACUUUUUCUGUCAUCAUUUACUCACCCUCAUGUUGUUUCCAACCUGUAUGACUUUCCUUCCUUUGUGGAGCACAAAAGGAAAUAUUAGGAAAAAUGUUAGGGACAGAGCCUCACUCAUUAUUAGGGCUGGGUAUUGAUGUAGAUUUCCUGAUUCGAUUCCGAUUCACAAACUCUCAAUUUGAUUCCAAUUUUGGUUCCAUAUCGAUUCAGUAUUGAUUCACAUGGGUACAUUUCAGUUAAAAGUCACACGAGAGAACUUCUCUCCCAGCUAAUGCUGUUCAUUCUAAAGGGUACCUUCUAACUAGGUACAUUAUAAAAAAUAUUAAUUUUAAUAAAUAUAUUGUAUUAUUUUUUCAUAAUUUGUGUCACAUUUUAGCUUUUUAAAAAUGAACAAAUCCAGAUAUUCCAUCAGUAAAUAUGAUAUUAUAUUGCAUAUGUUCUAAUUUGUUACAUAUUUUAUCGUUUAAUGCAUAAUUUAUACCAUUAAAAUUAUGUACAUUGAUUUGUAGAAAAUGUGCUCAAAAUUGGUACGGUCUCUUGUGAUGUUAAUUAUUAUUAUUAUUAUUUUGUAAAGAACAGUAAGGAUAUUAAAAGAGACCGUAUUCAUUGACUAAUGGAAUGCGUGGAUCUUGUCUUUGGAAACACAUUUCAAAAACCAGUCAAACCAAACUUUUACUCUCAACACCCAGUGAGAGGAUCAUGCCGCUGAACAUCUACCCUACUUUACUACACAAUCACUGCUGAGUUCAAUCUGUUUACCAGACAAUCUAUGUAAUAGAGGGUUGCUUAUAGAUUAAAAGAUCAUUCUUGGGAUUUAAGAAUCAAUAUCGAGAUCGUUCAAAGGAAGAUCUCGAUGCAUCGUAAAAAUCGAUAUUUUCUUUUUGUGCUCAAUGGAAGAAAUAAAGUCUGGUUUGGAACGACAUGAGGGUGAGUAAACGAUCAUAGUAGUUUCAAUUUGGGGGCAUAAACACCCUCAAAAUAUCCCUCAAACAAAACACCAGAAUGUCAAUAUUUCUUAAGAGUUAUGAAAGAACAAAAUGUAAACAAUAAAAUGUUGCUCUCGGUUGUUAGCGAUUCACCUCUGCACUCUCUUUGCCUCCAAACCAAGUGUUUAGAAUGAAGGUGGUGUGUGUGUGUUUGUAGAGUGGGUAUCAGCUAUUACUAAUGAUGUGCUGACAGAAGGCUAGAUUAGGACACAGGACUGACAUUGGCAAAUGUGAUAUAAAGUUGGUUAAGAGCUUAUAAAUAAACAGGUUUGCCUGCAGUGCCAGUGGGCUAUGCCUCACCUUGCUGCUUCCUGGGGGUUUGUUGGGGGUUGGUGAGGGUGAGUUUACCCGACAGAAGGGUUGAAUGGGGUAGGAUGAAGAGCCCAGUGAAGGAAUGCCAAGUAGCACAUAGGUUUAGUGAGCUAGCUUAACUUUCUUUGACAGCAUAUACUGUAUGCUGAGGGUUGUUCAGCAGAAAAAAGGCACUUUCCAGGAAUAGGGUACAAAUUGGUGAAGGUUUUAUUUUUCAAAUUAUUCAAAAAGUGUGAAAAUAUUAUUUAAUUGUAGGCCUAUUUAGGAUACCUAAAGUGCUAGAUAUGACAUUGGACAGAUCAGUCAUUUUAUUUCAAAAUGGUAAAAAAUAUUUUUUCCAUCACCAACAUUUCCACCACAGAAUUAUUUUAAAGACAAUACAGAAUACUGUGGUGUUACUUUAUAUAUAUAUUAAAACUAAUUUGGUAAUGGGGUUGCAAAAAUGGCAAACCUCAUUUAAAGUAAUAGAAAUUAAAAUGCUUAUAUAAUAUUUAUUUUGACCUCAUGAGGUGGACGAACAGCAUUUUGUGAAGGUUAAGCACCCCCUGUCACUGGCCUUUUGUUGUAAAAAAAACCCCCAAAAAACUAUUUUGUACCCUAAUUAUGGAAAGUGUCAUUUUGAUCAGCAGCCGUAUCAUCCCUUGGUCAUAUUUGUAUUCAGCCUUUAACAUAAUAUGUCUAUCUCUCCCUUUUUCUCCCUUCUCUAUCUCACUCUCUCUCUGUGCACAUUGAAAUGAACAGCUCAAUACAGAAAUAGAAGUUGAUUAAGCUUUAGCAUUGAUCCUAAUCUGUUAGACAGUGUUCAGCUCCAGCCCUCCAUCAGUGUUUGCUUUUAUGGACUAGUCUUUUAAGAUAUAUUAAUGGAUUAACCUUCAGUAUCUCUCACAGUAUUACCACAUCUCGCUCGUCUUUAAAAGAGACUUUAAUGCAUUUUCGUUAUUUAGUUAGCAUCGUGCUAACUGCUGCUACAGACUGGCUCUCCACAAUCACACAGCCUCCUUGCAUGUGAUUUUAGUGCCUCACGGAUAGAUUUGCUGAGACACGACCUACAAGUUUUCUGUUUGUUUCCAAAAUAGAUCGCUGCCCACCCUCCGGUGGUACAGUAAAUUUUACGGUAGCUCGAGUUUGGCCUAGUUUGAAAACAGUGCGAAACCAAUCCCUGUGGUUUUCGGGCAUAUUGAUUUGCCAGAGCAGUUCCAAUGCGAUGGAAGGGUUCAUGAAUUUGUGUGUGUUGUAUGUGUGUGUAUUUGUGUGCAUUUCAAAGCUGUGCCAUGCCAGAAGCCAGAGGGACAGUGGGAAGGAUUGCUCGCCAUCUGGUGCCGUGUAAAACUGUCAGAGUCGGUCUCUGCAUUUGGAGAGUCUCACACAAAUGACAGGGGGAAUUUCUUGAGCAAAUCCAAACACCAUGUUCAAUGCCUGCAUCUCACAUGCCUGUUUUCCCCCUGUAUUUAAUUGCGUGUCCAGUGUGUCAGGAGGUGCGGUGGUAUUAAAUAACCUACAAUACUCAAACCAUUUUAAACACAGCAUGCGCCUUGUAUUGUCAGACAUGCGAAUGGUGCAUGGACUGAAUUUGUCAAACUGCAAUGGAAAAAGCCAGCAAUGCAUGCAAAAUAGACAUUGGUUUUAAAUUCUUGUAAUAAAAUCCAGCAUGAUUAAA